AUGACUGCACGUUUUCGCACUCCCCUAACUAAUGCGUUGCCAAUCCUUCAAACGACUUCGAGAAGCAAUGACAAACCUAGACUUUCCUACUAUACCGGACCUCGCUUACGAGAUCAAGACAGUUUUUUUCAAUCGCACUCUGACUCAGUUUCACAAUCUCGCUACGAAACGCCGUUGUCUGAUGGAGCUGGAACGUCCGCAGCAGCAUUUGCGGGCAACGGACACAGAAGUGAUAUGGAAUUAACAAGAAAUCUAACGUGUUCCCAAGUAGUAAGACAUGAAGAACUGUCUCCUACGAUGCAGACUAUUUUGAACGAGUUGUUCAAGCAACAAAAAUACAGGUCUCUAGCAAAGUUACGAAGGAAUAGCAUAGGUAGGAAACGACAGGGAUCACCUAAUGUCCUUGAGCAGUUCUCUUUUCAAUCGGACAGUGAUUCCACAUACGGACUAUUGCAGACGGGAACUGUAACCGGACCAUAUCCUAAUCAACUGAUGCAGGCGACGACAUAUGAUCAACCAUUGAAUAAUCUCAACAGGGCUGAAAUGAUAAUAGGAAAUACAGAUCAAACCAUAUCUUCAACGAUUGUGGCGAUGACAACAAACAGUGGUCAGCAUACAUACUCGAAUGCUGAAAUUAUUCUAAGAAGCACAAGUCAAAAUGCAUCUUCCAGCACUGAGCCGAUGAUAACGAACGCUGGUCAAAAUGCAUCUUCACAUAUUGUAACAAUGAUUAGAAAUACAAGCCAAAAUUCUUCUUCCAGUGCCGGGGCAACGGCUAUAGAUACACGCCAAACUGUGCCGAGUUCUGAGGAUUGUGCACAGCGUCUACCAGAAUUAGGAAAUGCAAUGUCUGAGAAUAGUCUGCCACAAUUUGCGAGUCAUUCACUUGGCGAACGUCUACUCAUUAAACAAGAAGACGCCGAUGGCUCUAUAAUACACUACGAAAACGAUUCUGAAAAUGCUUGCGCUUUUUCGCAAGCAUCGGCGAGGACUGAAGAGAAUAAGAAAAUUUACGCUGAGAUCGAUCCUAAUCAGUCAUUCCGGUUGUUGACAGCAAUAAGAUUUUCCAAGAGAGGUAUGGAGAGAGUGAAAAGCAAACUACCGCAAAAAUAUAAGGACAGAUUGAGUAAAGUAAGGAAAUCGAAAAUUGUCAGACCAUGUACAGUUGAGCUUGUUCGUAUGGCUUCAAUCACUUUGAACGGAUACGCAAAACAUACCGACGCCGACAAUCUCAUCAUAAAACCAAACAAAGUAAUAAUGUCCCAUGUUGACUCGGCUGUGGACAUUUUAUCUGAAGUAGAAACUACAAACGAACACAAUAAAUCAAAACCAACUCUAACAUUAUCGCCUGACCCUUCCUUAAAAGUACCAACUUCCCCUACUACACCUAGCUCACAUGCUGCCGCCCUUGCCUUGUUAACGUCUCGAAUAUCUGCUUUACAGUCAGAAUUGGAGAAUGCUGGUAAGGGAAGAGAAGAUAACAAAAAGCCAAGCUCAGACUUGGUAUUGGAAUCGAACAAGUUUUCCUCGAAAAAAGAAGAAAAAACGUCACCUAUUCUCGACAGUUUUAAGAUUAAAUACAGCACAGAGGCAGACAUAAAGAAAACCGAUCGUUUGUCAAACGGUCAUUCUGACUACUAUUCAGACUCGAACGAGACCCCCAGAAGCUCAGACAAAUCCACUGUAAAAGAUUUCCCACCUAUUUCACCUUCUGACACUGUAUUCGACUCCGAGAGGCUUUCAAGAAAUACCUCCGCCAUUAAUUCCAUGUACUCCGUCCGUUCCGCUCAUUCUCGAGCUCCUUCUUAUGAAACAAGCAAGAAUGAUUUCAUACAGUCACCAACAUUUCAAUUAUCUGCUCAUCGUGGUCGCCGGAACAGCGACAACGAUGAUUUGUCUGGUGACGAACGAAGUGCGGAAAUAGAACGAUUAGAACGUGAACACAGAAAGUAUGUACAGGCAUUGAAGAAAGAACACGGAGAAGAACUUGAACGAAUUGAAAAUGAGCAUAGCGCAGAAAUGGAAAGGACAUUACGAGAGUAUCGAGAUGAACUUGAGAGAACUGAAAAUGAAUCAAUGAAUACUCUGGAAAGGACAAUAAAUGAUCAUAGAGAUGAAAUGGAGCAGAUGAAAAAAGAGCUUUCAGAAAAAUUUAAAGAACAAGAAGAGCGAAUAAUGAUGGAGACAGCUCGACGACACAGAGCCGAAAAGGAUGAGCUGCUCAGAGCCCAUGACGAAGAGUUGAGUAGAAUAAAAUCUGAAUUAGAACGAUUAACGAGUUUAAAUGAGCUAGUAGGGCAGGAAAACGAAACAUUAAAACAGCGUCUCUCCGAAGAUCAACAAGCGUUGCGUGCCCAAUUGGAUAAUCAAUCGUCUAUAGAAGACCUAAAACGCAAGUUCGAACAGGAACGACGUGCCCUCGAAGAUCGCCUAAUGAAUGCCAUUCAACAAAAAGAAGAGACCGAAGUAUCAUGGUCAAAAUACAAACGAGAGACUGAGAAUUUAUUAAACGAAUUCAAAAGCCAACUGGAAUCGUUUACCCUUGUCUCAAACGAAAAAGACGCUCUUGAAACCGAGAAUCAUAGGCUACGACAGGAAGUCGGAAAUCUCAACGCAUUCAAAGAGAAUGCUGAGGAUGUUCUGGUAAAGAUAAAAGAGGAAAUGGGUAAGAGCAUAUCAGAACUAAAAUCCCAGCUUAGCGAGAAAGCAGAUACAGAAAGUAUGCUCGAAUCCCUUCAGAUUGAACUCAAUAACUCUAACAGUGCACUUUCCGAGUUACAAUCCCAACAGGUUCAGAACGAGCGUAAGCUUCGUCACGCUCAAGAAAAAUGUGAGGAUCUUCAAAUCGACGUAGCCGACAAAAAGAGUACUAUAGAGAAUCUCGAAAGACAACUGGACCGUAUAAAGGACGAGAUAGAAAGGACAAAAAGAGAGCAUGAAAGGUCAAUGGACAUUCUCCGAUCUGAACUUGAUGUUGCUCAUCAAAAGGAUCUUAAUAAUCUUAGAGAGAAAUUAGAGAACGAGUAUGAAGCGGCACGGGCAAAAUUAACGUUUGAGCACGAUAAUGCAAUAAUGACACUAAGACGGCAAAAUGAGGAAUUGGGUAAAACUAUUGCUGAAAAUGCUGUUUCUGUUGAAGCAUUGGAGGCAGCUGCAAAGCGUCUAGAAGCAGCCGAGAGCUCAUACCAGGAACUCAACUCCAAUUACUAUCAAUCCAUAAAGAAGAGCCAAGAUCUUACAGCCGAAGUCGCAUCGCUGCGUAGCCAAGUCGAGGAACUCGGUUCUACUAAGGAUAUAUUGGAACAAGAUAAAAAGAUGAAGGAUGCAGAAAUUGAAACAUUGAAAAACGAUCUCAGCCAACGCCAAGAAGAAAAUCUCGCUCUCAGAGCAGAUAUCAAGGAGGUUGAAGCUACUCGCAAUAAGUUUGCCGGCGUCAUUGCUGCAAUGAAGGACGAAUGGGAACAUUCAUACCAGUUGCUCAAGAAUAAAUUUUCGGAAGCUGAACAGCAAAGAGACAAAUUGCAAGCUCGAGUCAUUGAAUUAGAGAAUGGCUCAAAUAGCGAAAUUGAACAGCUCAAAUCAAGCUUAUCAGAAAAAGCCAGGGAAAUUGAACAGGCAACCGCGAAAUUCCAAGCAGCUGAGAAACAAAAGGAUAUCUUAUCCAAGAUGCUCGAGGAGCAUCAGAACGGGAUGCAAACAAUUAUGAAAGAUAUGGCAGCGGACAGAGAACAAUGGACAGAAAAGGAAAAUGAAAUGGCUCUUUCAUUAAAGGAAAAAGAUAGGAUCCUUUCCGAAAAGCUCAGUUUAUUGGAAGCUGCACGAACGGAUAAGGAAGCCAUGAAGCAGAAAUUGAUCGAAGUCGGGAGAGAAAAAGUGUCGGUUGAUAAUAGGAUCCGCGAAUUGGAAGGAGAAAAGAAAAAAAUAGAGGAGGAUAUGAAGAAGCUUGAAUCUCGCUUGACUGAUAAGACGAGGGAAUAUGAUCGCCUAAAGGAACAAAGCGCACAAUGGCGUGAAUCAGAUAAACAAAAAAGGCUAUUGGAGCAAGAAAUUAAUGAGAUGAAACGAGGUCGCGGUGAAAAGGAUUUGCAAAUUAGUCAUCUAGAAACGGAAAUGGACAAGAAAGAUGCAGAGAUUCGACAACUGGAUACCCUCAAGAAGCAGUUACAAGCCAAGAUCGAAGGCCUCGAAGCAUCUCAGACUCGAUUCAACUCGAAACUUCGAGCAGCCGAAGCUGAUGCAAGCACGGCUAUGCGUAACGCCGAUAGCCAAGUACGCGAGAUGCAAAAUCGGCUUAACAAUUCUCAAAAUGAAAUAGAGGAACUCCAUAAUCAAAUUACCGAACUCAAGCAAAAACUCAUUGAGAAAGAAGGCUUCCGAAGCCCACCAAGAUCUCCCCAUACAAGAGAAGAUGUCAAUGUCCGAUUGUCGACAGCCACACAGACGAUCAUGUCUCUCGAGAAACAAGUUGAAAAGUUAAAGGCAGUCCAGGAUAUGCUUAACUCCGAAAAUGCUGCGCUCAAGAAGAGUUUGUCUGAAUCCGAGACCUCACAGCAUGCGAUUAUGCAAGCCUUUGAACAAUCAAUUAGUCAGACCGAGAAGACCGUGUCUACCCUUCGCGAGCGACUUGAUACAACACAAAAGGAGUGUGCCCUUGAGAAGGAAAGACUUAUCCAAACCCAUAAGGAGCUUACAGAGAGUUUGCAACAAAGGUACUCGGAACAGAUGGCUGAAUUGAAAAAUACAUUGCAAUCGUACGAGAAGCGAGAACGUGACCUGUCUGCGACUGGUCACGAUGCUCGAGAUAGUGCAGAUGUCAAGCUUUUAAGGCUACAGGCUCAGAUAACUUCGUUUGAGAAGGAAUUGAAAGAAUCUAAAAACGAAUGUCUGAAAUUGAAUGAGGCACUGUCUCAGGUGCAAAUGAGUUAUUUGGAUGCUGUUAAUGAAAAGGAUCAAAUACUAAAGACAAAGAAGGAUUUGGAGAAAAAACUAAAGUCUCAGGAAGACGACAUGCAACAGUUAAUGGCGAAGAACAUGGAGUUGGUCAUGCAAAUCAGCAUGAAUUAA